AUGAGCGAUCAACGUGAUACCAAGAGAAUAAAACUAUCCUUAGAGCCAUUUCUCUCGAAUAAUGUAUCAGAUAUACUCGACACAGGCCAUGAAAUUUUAAAACCGGAGAUAAAUUUGUCUGAAAAAUUAAUGACAACAGUGGACCGUAUAUGGUUCGAAAGAGGUGAAUGGAAAGACAUAACAGAGAAAUCGCUUUUAGAAUCGAUACAAAAGAAGGAUGAAGUUGAUCUAAAGGACGAGGAAGGUUCUGCUACAACAACUUCCGAUGCGGUGACGUUAAAUAAACCAUCACAACAGCCACAACAACCUCAGAUACCCGAGAUGGACAUCAUCAAACUUCGAGAGUUGGUCAUUAAUCAAUUCCUGCAAACCCCCUUUUUUUUUUUGCCUUUUAGACAUGGUAAAAGUGAAGUGGAUGUAGCGCUAGAUGUUGUGAAUAUUUUGACGGCCAGUAAUCGAUCCUCGUCUGGCAGUGUAAAAGAUCUUGUUUUACCUGCUGGAUCUUUAACCGCGACUUAUGUGACAAAACCUAAGCCAACGACAAAAGCACAAUUGGAAUCUGUGCAAUUGAAUUUGGGUUUGAAGCGUAAAAAGCAACGAGAAGCAGCUGAUUUUUUGAGAAAGAGUGCAUUCGCUUUGAAGGAUUUGGUCGAGAAAGAGCAAGUGUUUUGGGAUGAAGCUUUGGAUUUAAGGAGAAAUAAUUGGCAGAUGCAAGCGAGUGGUAAUAGCGCAGGAUCAUCAUUUUAUGUUCAAUAUGGAUUUUUAGAGGUGGGAUCCCAGUACAAUGAAGCAUCUGUUGGUGAACUACGGCGCUCGGAAGAUACACAAAGAAAGACAGCCAACAAUAAAGAGAGUUUACAACUACUCCUUCCGCACGCGAUACAACGAAAAGUGAUGGUUCAAGUGAAGCAGAACGAUGGUAUUUUGGGCAUCAAAGAACAGCAAAAGGACUCGACGACGAUGGAAAGCGAUGAGGAAGGAGAGCACGCGGUGCAAAGCCGCCUUGUUGAAGCUUGUUCGACUGUAUUUGAUGCUGAGCUAUUUGCUAAUGUCUUGGCGGAAGCUCAGGCAUUAAGUAGCAAUGUCCGUUUUCCGAUGGAUGAGAUAGUCAUUAGUAUCGAUGGACAGUUAGACAUGUCGAUCAAGAAAGUGACACUCCAUGAUAAACAGUCAACGACUACCAAAACAACAGCAGCAUCGACAAGCAAUGGAAAUAAACAAAUGGUGAGUCGAUCCAUUGGCUUAGCAUUCAAGUUAUUACUGCUACAGCAGCAGCGUUACCAUGUUUGGAGAGCCAGAGCGAAAACACUCUCGAAUAAUUACAGGUUACGACAAUUACUCAAAGAGCAAGAUAGUGCGACGACUUCCAAUUCCAAUGCAACGAAAUCAAGCACAACGGUAGGAAGUAGUAUUUUGUCUAACCAUCGUGCACAGACAAUGGCGCAUGACUCUUCGCAACCACCCAGCCAUCUUCCCAUCCUGGACCCCAUCUUAUCUUUUCUGCGAUUUUGGAUUCAGUUUGAUAAAAUGAACCAUGUGGUGCAAACUCUGUUAACAUCCUUUCAACGUAUAGGAGGCUGUGGUUUCUUUACUCAUGUUACUUUCUUUUCUGAUCGUAACCCAUGGACAUCAUCCUCUACGGCAGCAGCCAGUAGUAGGUAUGAAGAUGUUUACCCAGGGUUCGGAAAAGUAGCACUUGGAUUAAGUAUUCAUCUAGCCAAAGGCCCCUCUCUACAAUUCGGUCUGGAUCUCUCGGGUUUUAUUUCCGUAUAUCUACCACAAACAACAGUGGUUUUACAGAAUGUAUCUGAAUUUGAGGCAUUUUUAUCGCGAGAAAUUAAGAUUAUUGUUUUACGAAGUGUAUGUGAAGUAGCCAAUGAUAUCAUUUUAGGCCAUCAUGAUGACAGCGUUUCCAAUAAGCAACAACAUUACUUAUGGCAAGUCGAUCAAGUCGAUGAAUCUAUUCAUGGCUAUAUGUAUUGCGAUCAAAAAGAAAAUCAUCAAGACAAACAACGAGCAUCCUCCUCGUGGAGAAAUGUGUAA